AGCAACUGGAGUCGUUAUUCAAGCUGGGGAAGAAGCUCGGCCAGGGCCAGUUCGGCGUAACGUUUCUCUGCACGGAGAAAGCCACGGGGAAGGAGUACGCGUGCAAGACCAUUGCAAAGAAGAAGCUUAUAUCGAGGGAGGAUGUGGAGGACGUGAAACGCGAGGUGGCGAUUAUGCAUCACCUGGCGGGCCAUGGCAACAUUGUGUGCAUCAAAGGAGCGUACGAGGAUCACUUGAAUGUGCACAUUGUCAUGGAGCUCUGCACGGGAGGCGAGCUCUUCGAGCGCAUUAUUAAAAAGGGCCACUACAGUGAGCGGCAGGCGGCGGAGCUAACGCGGACUAUCGCGAAGGUGAUAGAGGCGUGCCACUCGCUGGGCGUGAUCCACCGCGACCUCAAGCCGGAGAACUUCCUCUUCGCCAGCAAGUCCGAGACCGCUGAUCUUAAGGCCACCGACUUCGGCCUCUCCUACUUCUUCAAGCCAGGCGAGUACCUGUCGGACGUGGUGGGCAGCCCGUACUACGUGGCGCCGGAGGUGCUGCGGCGGCGGUACAACGAGAAGGCGGACGUGUGGAGCAUGGGCGUCAUCAUCUACAUCCUGCUCUCCGGCGUGCCACCCUUCUGGGCAGAGACGGAGCAGGGCAUAUUCGAGGCGGUGCUGCGGGGCGAGCUGGACUUUGAGUCGGACCCGUGGCCGUCCAUCAGUGAGGACUCCAAGGACCUUAUUCGCCACAUGUGCUGCCUCGACCCCAAGAAGCGCUACUCCGCCUACGACGUUCUCUGCCAUCCGUGGGUGGCCAAGGACGGGGUGGCGCCAGAUAAGCCACUGGGCUCGGCUGUGCUUUCUAGGCUGAAGCAGUUCACGGCGAUGAACAAGCUGAAGAAGAUGGCGCUGCGGGUGAUCGCAGAGAGCAUGUCGGAGGAGGAGAUCUCGGGGCUGAAGGAGACGUUCAAGAUGAUGGACACGGACGGCAGCGGCACCAUCACGUAUGAGGAGCUGCGCGCCGGGCUCAAGCGGAUCGGAUCCACGCUCAAUGAUAUGGAAAUCAAGGAGCUCAUGGAUGCGGCUGACAUUGACGGCAACGGAACCAUCGACUACGGCGAGUUCCUGGCAGCGACGGUGCAGCUGAACAAGAUAGAGCGCGAGGAGACGCUGUUUGCGGCCUUCUCCUACUUUGACAAGGACUCGUCCGGCUUCAUCUCCACUGAUGAGCUGCAGGACGCGUGCCGCGAGUAUGGUGUUGAUGAGGAGUGCAUCGUUGAGACCAUGCGCGAUGUUGACACUAACAAUGAUGGCAUCAUUGACUAUAACGAGUUUGUUGCUAUGAUGAGGCAAGGGAACGGAGGAAUUGGCAGGAAGAGUCUGGGCGGCAGCUGGACCAGUGGCAAUCUCUUCCGAGACCUUGUGUCUGCCGGCCAAAAGGCCGGCCCCAACUCACCCCUGGCUUCUGUACAACCCUGA